CUUCUGGUCCAUCAAUCGGCAUUGACGAAGCACGUGAUCCAAGCAAAGCAACAAAUGCCACGAUGACGUACCCCGUGAUUUUGAGAAUUGGAGCUACUCUACCAAGCUUGGAGAAGUUCUUUUUUGAACGUCGAUACCUGAUAUUUGUAUUUUGUUUAUAAAUUGAUCCCAUCUACAAAAAACAUCGAAUUUGAUCCUUGUUGUACAACUUCAGCUGAGAUCAAUCGGCGGGGCCGCAAGCUUAGCCAUACACGAAAAAAAAAGCUGUAAAUUUACAUUAUAACCUCAAGAUGUGGGAUCAAUUGGAACCAACUCCUCCACAUAUAACCUAUCUUUUCCUUCCGCUAUUCUUGAUAAUAUAUGCUCUCUUCUCAAACUUCAUCCGGGAUCAUCUUCAUCUCUCAGAGCCUCCUCUCGCCGUCCUAUUUGGUAUCGUUCUUGGCCCAUAUGUACUCAAAGUACUCACCCCAAAGCAAUGGGGAUUCGAUGAUGAAAUUAUGCAGGAAAUCACUCGUGUGAUAGUAGGCAUUCAAUGUUUUGCGGUAGGAAUAGAGCUUCCUAAACACUAUUUUAAAAGACAUUGGAAAUCCGUUCUCUGUCUAUUAGGUCCGGUUAUGACAUUUUCCUGGGCUAUUACUUCAUUUUUCGCAUACUUCAUUUUCCAGACAACUGUGCCUACAGCUCUGAUUAUAGGAGCUUGUCUCUCGCCAACUGAUCCGAUUCUUGCUAACUCGGUCCUUUCGGAAUCUCGAUUCAGUAAACGAGUUCCUCCACGUAUCCGACAUCUUCUUUCAGCUGAGUCGGCAUGUAAUGAUGGAGUUUCCUUUCCAUUCCUUUACAUUGGCUUGGUGAUUUUUACCACGCAUGGAGGUCCCGGUGAAGCUAUUAAGGAAUGGAUAACCAUCACGCUGCUGUGGCAAUGUGCACUCGGCAUUAUAACAGGUCUCAUACUCGGGAACAUUGCAAAUCGACUACUACGAUUUUCUGACGCUCGCGAGUAUAUAUCUAGACCAUCUUUUGUAGUAUUUUAUCUUCUUCUCGCAAUUCUUUCAAUUGGUAUAGGAUCAAUUCUCGGCUCGGACGAUUUCCUAGUCGCUUUUGGCGCCGGUGUUGGUUUCGCGCACGAUGGAUGGUUCUCUAAGAAAACCAGAACCGUAGCUUUUCCAGUCAUUGUAGAUCACAUACUCAACUCAACCAUGUUCGUGUAUUUCGGCUCUAUUAUCCCCUGGGAUCAAUUUCAACCAACAACAAUCACCCCAAAUAUCAAAUCCUGGACUCUCGUCCUCUUUUUAAUACUCGUCCUCCUCUUUCGCAGAAUCCCAAUCCUUCUCCUUGCUAAACCUAUCAUCCCCGAUAUUCGCACGUAUCGCGAAGCUCUCUUUGCUGGCCACUUUGGACCUAUGGGCGUAGGCGCUUUAUUCCUUGCUAUAGAAGCGAGAGCACAACUCGAAAGAGGUACUUCGCUUCCUCUUCCAACGCCAAGGUUUCCUCACGAAUCAGGCCCGGUUAGCGAGGAUACAAAGGCUAUCUGGAUUAUUUGGCCAGUGGUCUGUUUUGUGGUGUUGGGAAGUACGAUGGUGCAUGGAUUGAGUGUGUUGGGAAUUAGUUUAGGAAGUCAUUUUAUGAGGAAGGAAGGGGAGAGAGCACCAUUGUUGGGAGGAGAGACGGAUGGGUUAGAGGGUAUGAUUUAUGAAGGGGGUGGAGGGGAGAGUGAACCAGAGGUUAGUGGGAGUGAGGCUGAAUAGAGGAUGGGUCGGAGGACUUCUUGAUAAGGAUGGGAUGAUUUCUUGGUACUUUUUAAAAGUAAUGUAGCUGUUGGCUAUGCGUGUUUCAGAAAUAAAAGCCCCACUGCAUUUUUAAAAUAAAAAGUAUAAAUGAAAUAUACACUAUUCAUUCGACAAGGUUCUUCAUUCCUCUUCUUCUAUACAUAUCAUAUAGAUACACAUGAACAGCACAGGUACGCACAUCAUGUUAAUACGAUAAAUAUUUGAUAAUUUCAAUUGUAAAGAAUCAUUAUGAAAUAAAAUCCGGGGAAUAAUGAUUUAUUUUUGGUUUUAUCCAUGCUUGGAAAAAUACUCGUUAUGAUGUUGAAGAGGUCAUCCACAUAUAACAGGAUCUGGGGGAAUUGAAGGAUA